AUGUCAUCCGGAGUUGCUGGUUGUACUCAAAUCGCUUCAAAGAGUGUAGAGGGUCGCAUGGAGGCUCAAGUACAGCUCAUGAAGAGUCAAAUUGACUUCCUACAUGAAGCUUUGGCCGAAGUUAAGGGGGCAAACCGAGACUUGUCUCAAAUGCUUUCAAAUCAGCAAGAUAAAGCUAUGGUAAGUUUUGAGAAAAUUGCUGAAAAUUUAAGAGUCUUAUGUGAUCGUUUUGAAGUUAAACAAGUACCCUCGUAUGCUGGAAUGUUGCAAGUGUCAUUGCCUUUGUUUUAUGGUUGUCAUAGAGAAUAUGAUACUUGGGAAAAGAGCAUAGAGAAUUUGUUUGUGUUGCUUAACAUAGAGAAAGAGAGUGAGAAAAUAGCCUUAGCUAUAGGUUGUUUUCGUUCUAAUGCUUUGAAUUGGUGGAAGCUAGUUUCAAAUAUCUAUUCGCAUUAUUGGUUUCGUAACUUGGAUGAUUGGAAUGAUUUGAGAAGUGCUUUGCGAGAAAGAUAUGUUGAGGGUUGUUUCGAGUUCGAAGUGGAUGAGAACGACUACAUGUUGACAGACCGUUUCCACUAUGGCUUGGACAAGUGUUUCAAACAACAUCCAAAGAUAAGGAGACAAUCAAGGCUCUAUGAGGCAUACUAUGCUGCCUUAGAAGUGGAAAGAGAGCAUGAUACUUCUUGUGGUUGGAAUGGUCCAAUUGAGGAUCGGGGUAUAGAGGUUGAUGAUUCGAGGACGAAUCCUCUUAAAGAAGGAGGGGAUGAUGAGAAUCAUGUAGCCUUCCAUGGAGGUUCUCCUAGUGAGGGGAAUGAGUUAAUCCUUCAUUCUAGAUUUGGAAUGCCAAGUUUACUUUGCAGGCCAAUCAAGGAAGAAAGGAUGGAUCUUGACUACCUAUGUGAUAGGGAGUUGGUUCAAGAGAGCUAUGAUCAAGGUGAUGAGAAUGUCAUUAACUUUGGGGUGCAAACCAAAGGAGAUGAAGACCUCAUGGAAAUAAGUGCUGAAGAGUAUCAAGAGAGUUUGACUCUGUGUGCUCCAUGA